AUGGCUCAAAUGGAUAUGGAAUUGAAAAAGGCAUUUACCGAAAUGCAAAUUAAUAAAAUCGAGACAACCAAAAAGAUGAAUAUGAUUGACAUGAAGUGCAGUAUGGUUAAAAAUGGCAAACAAAAAUAUGAACUCACCGAAAAGGGCACUAGCGAUCUGAAGGAUGACACAAGAGUGUACCUUUCUGUGGGACGUAUGUUUGUCUUAACCGAUGUAGAAAAUAUGCGUGGUGAUCUGAAAGCUAAACAGGAAAAAUGUGAUAAAGCUAUUGAGCUACUCAAUAAGAAAAAAGAGUUCUUAGUGAAAUCAUUAAAAGAUCAAGAGGAUGGCUUACGUGAAUUAGUCCAACAACGCAAAGAAGCUGAUGCGGCGACAAAAUAAUUUAGCUUUUAAAUUAAGUUGGUAUAAUUUAUUGAACUUGAUACGUGUGCUGCUUUAUUCAUCAUAAAUGUUUAGCAUUGAUAAAAUCUCCCAGACUUAUUAACGUGAACAAGCUUAAAAAUAUAUUACAUUUAUAUACACUUAAA